UACUAAUGGCAAAAAAAAAAAAAGUUCCCGAAAAAAUAACCGAAUUAAUUUGUGGCCGCACGAAAGCCGCCUUUCUAGGUCACUCUUAAAAAUUUGUGGUGCUAAGGGUAGAGUAUGCGGUAACGUUACCUAAACGCAGUGUUGCAGGUGACACUUCGCUCUCUUAGAAUGAAAUGUCCUCCCCGACCCCGUGUCAUUCAUUGCACUGGUCCCAGCAGGUGGCGCUGAGAACGGGUCCACAGCGAUGAAAGGGUUAAUAGCGAGGUAUGUGCGUCCUGGGUGGCAGGGACGGGGUUAAACUGGCGGAGAGGCUCAGAUACCAGGAAAUGCUCAGAGGCUGCAGACACCUGUAGAGAGCUCACCUGCCUGCGGAGAGGACGCCCCCAACAGGUGUCUGAAAUGGAGGAAAUGACUAUAUGGGAGCAAUAUACUGUCACACUGGCCAGGGACCCUCGUAAAGGAUUUGGCAUUGCUAUCUCUGGAGGUAGAGAUCGGCCAUCUAAAACAGAUGGAGACAACUCUGUCAUUGUGUCUGAUGUGGUCCGUGGUGGGCCUGCUGAUGGUAGAUUGCAGACCAGAGAUCGCAUUGUGAUGGUGAAUGGUGUAUCUAUGGAAAAUGUCACUUCCUCAUUUGCUAUUCACACGCUGAAAUCCUGUGCCAAAUCUGCUAAUGUGACAGUAAAGCGGCCUAAGAAAAUUCAAAUUCCUGUAAGCAACUCUGUACUAGCAUCUACAGGACCCUCACGAACACCUCACACUUCAGGAUACCUACCUGAUUCCUACAGCAGAAAUGAAGACCAACCAGAUUCCCCUGUGCAGUGGAGAGAAAGAUAUGCAAGUUCUAGCAGAGACCCUCAUGAGGAUACAGCACAGGGUUAUGAAGGAGAUUCUUCGAGUGGACGUAGUUCUGGAGGGUCUCGCACACCAUCUUCAAACCAUGCAAGACACCGCAGGACCAGGGGUGGGGGAAGUGAAGCAGGAAAUUAUUCAAGGAGGAGGACUGGUAAAGAGAAAUAUAGUUCUGGAAGUGAUACAAGGGCUUCCAGUAGAAUGAAUGAUGCUGGUAGUGGUGUGGAAGGUUCUGUGAGUGAGGCAGGAGACUACUCAAGGAGGGGAUCCAGCAGUGAAGCAUGGGGAAGGGACCACAAUGGCCUACAACUGAUAUCUGGGUUCAAACGUCUGCCCAUUCAGGAUGUACCAUCCAAACCUGUUAAAACUGUACUGGUGAAAAGCACGGAGAAUCAAGAAUAUGGUUUAAAGCUGGGCAGUCAGAUCUUCAUUAAACACAUUACAGAGACUGGUCUGGCGGCUCAGGAGAAAUCCCUGCAGGAGGGCGACCUUAUUCUCAAGAUAAAUGGUGUAGCAAGUGAAAAUAUGUCUUUGGCUGACACACGCCGUCUUAUUGAAAGGUCAAAAGGAAAACUUACCCUUACUGUUUUGAGAGAUAAUCGACAGUACCUAGUGAACAUUCCUGAAGUGAUGGACAGUGAAAGUGAUGAUAGGAGCUCCAUUCCAGAUGGUAUUUCAGAGCUGAGUUCGGAUCAGUCCCCACCACCUUCUCACCCUCCCCCACCCCCUCCAGGACAAACCCACAGGAGUUCAUCUGAGAGUUUGGAGAACACUGUGGAAAGUCAUCCGAUCAAUGGAGCGCCAAGCCCACAGAUAGUGGAAUUAGAACACGAAAAUGUUAAUGGUGAGCCUCCAUUGGAUACUGUAUACAUGCAAGAAACUGAGCCACCUCUGGAUAUCAACAGAGACGAACCACGAUUGGGGUAUAGUCCAGAUGCACGCCUAGUCCAGUUUCAGAAGGAAAGAAGCAUAGGACUUCGACUUGCUGGGGGAAAUGAUGUGGGAAUAUUUGUUGCUGCAGUUCAGGAAGGGAGCCCUGCAGCCCGAGAAGGGAUGAAAGAGGGUGACCAGAUCCUACAGGUGAAUGAAACCAGUUUUCACAACAUGACACGUGAAGAUGCCAUACAGUAUUUAAUGAACUUACCACAGAAUGAAGAUGUUAUAAUACUUACACAAGGCAAAGAAGACAUUUACAGGAAGAUGAUUAAGUCCAAUGUGGGUGAUUCCUUCUAUAUACGUACACACUUCGAAUAUGAGCCAGAUACUCCAUCCAGUCUUCACUUCACUCGGGGUGAGAUAUUCCAUGUCUUGGACACAAUGUAUCGUGGGAAACUUGGGAGCUGGCUUGCUGUACGAGUGGCCCGUGAUUUAAAAGAGAUGGACAAGGGAAUUAUACCAAAUCGUGUUAGGGCAGAACAGUAUGCUAGCUUAGAAAAUGUCUUAAAGCCUCAGUCAUCUUCAGGUCCACGAGCUGAGUUUUGGAAGCUGAGAGGCCUGAGAGGAGCCAAAAAAAUAUUGAAGAAAAGUAGAGAAGAUUUGUCUGCGAUUACCAGCAAAGCCAAAUAUCCUCCAUAUGAAAAAGUCGUGCUUCGGGAAGCAAGUUUCAAGAGGCCUGUAGUAAUCCUGGGUCCUAUAACAGAUAUUGCACAUAUAAAGCUCUGUGCUGACUUGCCCCAGGAGUAUGAAUCUGCAGAGAGUGUUUCUCGAGAUGAUGGGAGUUCCAAAAUCAUCAAACUGCAGAUUGUGAAAGAAAUUGCAGAACUGAAUAAGCAUGCCCUGUUGGACAUCACACCUACAGCAGUUGAACAUCUGAAUUAUGUGCAGUUCUACCCAAUUGUGGUUUUUUGCAACCCAGAGAAUAGACAGGGGGUUAAGGCAAUGCGACAAUGGCUACUUCCAGAAUCCAAGAAGAGUUCACGGCGUUUGUAUGCACAAGCUGUAAAACUGCGCAAGAACAGUUCGCAUCUUUUUACAGCAACUAUUAAUUUGAGUGGAGCAAGUGACUCAUGGCUUCCCAGUUUAAAGGAAAUUAUCCGUACAGAACAAGCAAGGCCCAUAUGGACUACUGAGGAAAAGGUUGAACCUCUAGUUACUGAACCUCUGGAUCUGAUGAAUGGGUCAGCUGUUGGGUCUACAGACUACCUGAGCUGUGACAGUCGUGCAAACAGUGACUAUGAGGAGACUGAUGCUGAAGGUGGAGCUUACACUGAUCAGGAGCUAGAUGAAGAGUUCCAAGAACCUGCACUAGCCCGUUCUUCGGAGCCUGUUGUUGAGCAUUCACCUCCUUACCAUGAUGUCAACUCCCCAUAUGACUCAUAUCACUACAAAGGCCAAUCUUCUAUUGAGACUUCUUCCUACCAUGGAAACCAGUCACCUACUGAACCAUCUUCUCCCUACAGAGGUCAAUCCCCAUCUCAUGAUAGAUACAGCCCUGAACAGGAAGCAGCAGUGCAGCCCCAUCCUCAGUGGAAUCUCACCAGCAGGGAAUAUGAGCAUAAUGCACUUCGCAGGAAAUUUAAUCGUGCAAGAAGUUCCAGCUCAGAGGACGAAGAUUACAGCUGGGGAGGUCCGGCCACUGACCUGUAAAUCCGAGAUAUGAUUCGUAUUUGCUACAAACACUGUCCAUAAAAUGUUUUACACCAGCUUCCUGCCUUUUAUAAAAUUAAGCAGUUGCAGCUUUGAACAAAA